GGAGGCCUAGCGAGGACUGGCCUAGUUAGGCUUGAUCCUUUUCUUGCGUGUGUGAGGGAAACGAGUUGUGUAACACAGAAGAUAGACAUGCUGCUUGAACACACACGUGUGUGAGUUUGUUUGCUUGUGUGCCUGGUUGUUUUUAUUUGCAUUUUUGCGGACAAAAAAAGAAGCAAGACUACAAAAGAAGGUGGCAGGAGCACAAAGAGGAGAGGGGGAGGGGAGCUUAGUUAGCUUAGUGAAAAAGACCCAGCAAAGACAAAGGGAGAGACAGCGCUCAGCUUGUGACAUUAAUCAAGGAGGAAAGAAUAGGAGAGCGCAAGUAUUAGCCCUUCGUGCGCUACCCAGCACUCAGGCUUAGUCUAGCCAGCAUCCGGCAGGCUUAGAGCCAAGAUGGCGUCUAUGUACGUGUCUAAUGCUGCAGUGGGGAAGGCACGCUCAUCAAAUUUCACGCUGUCGGAGAAACUGGACCUGCUGCGACUGGCCCAGCCACACAUUCGCCUGCUGGAAGACCACACCAACAAGCAUGCCGUGAUUGUGGACAAAAACCGCUGCUGGGAGAACAUCGCCCAGCGCUACAACAGCCUCGGGGGGGAACGUCCCCCUCGCACGGCCCAAGGCCUGCGCACGCUCUACAAGCGCCUCAAAGAGGCCGCCAAACAGGAAGUGCUGCUGCGAAGCCACGCCCAGCCUGAGUACCGUGGCAGCCUCAGCGAGCCAACCAAACGCGUGAUGGAGAUGAUCCCUCAUCUCUUUCACUCUCUGGAGAGGCUACAGUAUAAGAGAGACUCUCCUAUUGAGCAACCUGGGAGCAGCUCCUCCGGACCUACCCUGUCAGACUUUCACGGGGUUACCAUGGCGGUCCGAGUUGAAUCCGAGGAUGUGAAACCGCCUCCUGACUUGCCAGCACUGACCAAUCACGUGUCAGUGACACCGACCAUCACGCACACGUCCACACACACCCUCGCAAUCCCCCACAGUGAAGUGGCGCGAGGACCAAACGAGCGAGAGGAGGAGGAGGAGGAGGAGGAGGAGGAAGUGGAACUGGAGGAAGAGACGGAGCUACAUAACUACGACCCCUCCCUCUCCCCUAGUCCCUCGUCGAUGCACCUUCCUCUGUCACCCACGAUAACGCACCCGAGGCGGGGCCUGUACCAGAGAGAGCUGGUCUCGCACAGAUUUCCCGGACUGGAGGCUGAGUCGCUGCAGAUGAUGCGGGAAGAGCACGAGCUGGUCUUGGCCAAUCACAGGAAGGUGGGCCUUUACCUGGAUGAGAAGAGGGAGGGGCUAAAGCGACGGCAACAGCUAGAAGAGGAGCUUCUCAGGGCAAAGGUCAAAGUGGAGAGACUGAGAGCGGCGCGGCUAAGACACGGACUACCACACACACACAUGUAAUGCCUAUAACACACACACACACACACACACACACAUCCAUCCAUGAAGAGCACUUUCAAGCAACACUCUCCAGGGUCCACUGCUUGAAGGGGAGCCAGCUCCUGGUCAGGAGCAGCCAUCUGAGGCAUGUACUGUAAAGCAAGGCUACUGGCUUAUCAAAUAACUUCAGGAGUAACCGCUGAUCUCUAAAAGAAGUCUGCACCACUGAGCAUCUGUUACUUUAAAAGUGACCUGUUCUUACCUGCAUAAACCAGUAGUCUUGCUUUGAAGUAAUCAAGGGUCUUUGGUAUAGCUCUGAGUUCAGUUCAGAUCUCUACAAACUGCAUACAAUUUAGUGUAGUCCAACAAAGGAUGUCACUCACCUACAGUGUAGUCUCAGUUUUGAACGGUUUCAUCAACAUUGCAUAGUAGGAUUUAUGCUGAUAAAAGUAGCACACAUUACUGGUUAGUAGCUCAUUUCUGUGAACAUUUACCAAUCAUUGGGUUCUGUUUGAAGUUAUGAACUUCUGACACACUCAGUGACCGACAUCCUUCCCUUAACUCUUGUCACAGUGCCAGAUUGAAGCUUGUGCAUUUCUAGACGCCUGCAGGCUAGAGCUGCAGACAUGUACAGGUUUGGAAGGAGAGGAGGGAUUUGUGUA